CAAACCCCACGCAAGCAAUCCCCAAUUCCACAGCGUAACAACAAGCUUGCCCAUUGAAAUCCCAAAGCCUUUUUGGCCCCCAUCGCCCUCUGCGCCAUUACCCAACUGGCUCCCAUUAACCCUUUGUCUCUGUCUUCAAUGGCCUAAUACAAUCCCACCCAUUUCCCCAUUUGCGAUUUCCCUCUUCCUUUUACAAGAUUUGCCAACAAAACCCUUCUCUGCUCGUUUCUCAAGCAUCUCUAAUGGGGUUUUGGCCUUGUUUAGCAUCAUUAUGCCUCUUUUUGCUUCAUUCCCAGUUAGCUUCUUCAGCUUUGAUACUCAGUUUGAAGCACCACUACCGCAACAAUGACCACCACAAUCGGCGGCCGGUGCUCCAAGCCAACCAGACUAGCUGUGCUCUGUUCUCCGGCACUUGGGUCCGAGAUGACUCGUACCCACUUUACCAAUUUUCAAACUGUCCCUUCAUUGAUGCCGAGUUCAACUGCCAAGCUUACGGCCGACCCGAUUCAAACUACCUCAAGUACCGAUGGCAGCCGCUCGAUUGCGAGCUCCCAAGGUUCGAUGGGGCUGAGUUUUUGACGAGAAUGAGAGGAAGAACUGUGAUGUUUGUUGGUGAUUCAUUGGGGAGAAACCAAUGGGAGUCAUUGAUUUGCUUGAUAUUAGCAUCUGCUCCACAAACGCCCACUCAAAUGGUUAGAGGAGAACCACUUUCAACCUUCACAUUCCUGGAAUAUGGGUUAAAUUUGAACUAUUACAAAGCGACUUAUCUGGUGGACAUAGAAAUAGAAAAUGGGAAGAGAAUCCUGAAGCUAGAGGAGAUAUCAAUGAAUGGCAAUGCUUGGAAAGGAGCUGAUGUGAUAUCCUUCAACACUGGCCAUUGGUGGAGCCACACAGGCUCUCUGCAAGGGUGGGAUUAUAUGGAAUCUGGAGGAUCAUAUUACCAAGACAUGGAUCGGUUGGCUGCAAUGGAGAAGGGUCUAAGAACAUGGGCUGAUUGGGUUGAUAAGAACAUUGAUGUUACUACAACAAGGGUCUUCUUCCAAGCUAUCUCUCCCACUCAUUACAAUCCAUCCGAAUGGAACACCGGGACAACGUCGACAAUGACAACAACAAAGAAUUGCUAUGGCGAAACGACACCGAUGGGGGGGAUGACGUACCCGGGUGGGUACCCAAUUCAAAUGAGGGUUGUGGAUGAAGUGCUAAAUGACAUGAGGAAUCCAGUGUACUUGUUGGACAUAACAAUGCUAUCUGAGCUAAGAAAAGAUGGGCACCCUUCCAUUUACAGUGGUGAUUUGAGCCCUGAGCAAAGGGCUAACCCUGGUAGAUCAGCUGAUUGUAGCCAUUGGUGCCUUCCUGGGUUACCUGAUACUUGGAACCAAUUAUUUUACACUGCUUUGUUCUUUUAGAUCAUCAAUCUUAUUAUUCUUCAAUCAUACUCAAAUUUAUUCUCUUCCCUCUCCUUUGAUGUAAUUCGUGGAGCAAUAUAGAUUAUUCGUAAUGUAGGGGCACCAUUGCAAAAUA